UGAAUUGUGAGAAAAAAAAAUUCACACCUGAAUCUUUUUUUCUGAAAGACAAAGCAAAAUCAUUUAAUCUGGCUCCGAAUAAGGAAAAAAUCUUUGCGAUACAAUGAUCGCAUUAUAAUUACGGAGAUGGCGGGCAUUGUUCCUAUUCCCUGUCGAUCCGGCAGAAAACAGUGGACAUUACACGAUGGACCAAGAGGAUCGUUGCGAAGAUUACGAUCACAACUUGCUGAAGAUGGCUGUCCUGAAUCACAAGUUGUUUUGGCAAAACAAUUAUUGGAAGAACAGUGUGAACUUGACGUUGACAAAGAAGAGAAUGCAAAAUUGGGAGUCUAUUGGUUGACAAAAGCUUCUGAACAGGGAAAUUUGGAAGCAACUGAAAUUCUCGAAAAAUGCCUAGCUAGUGGACGAGGUAUCACUGAACACAAUUAUUAUGACGUGAAAAGUUGUCUAGACAUGUCACAAGAUGAAAAACUUGCAAGACGCGCUGCCAGAGAAAUGUUCAACAGUUUAGCAAAUGGAGAAGAUUUUAUAACAACUGAACAACUACAAAGAAAAAUGAGAGAAUUAUCCUUUCCAUCAACAAGCAAAGGAAAAUGUAAUAAAUCUAAUAAUUCACAAAAAACUUUAAAAGACAGCGUGGGCGAUACUUUUCCCGAGGAUGGACUCACGGAAAAUUCAAAUUGUUUCAAAAAUGGAAAUGAACGAUUUGGUGAACCUAUUGCAGAUUGGUCAAUACAUCAGGGGGAAAAAAUUACCGAAUCAAUUUUAGUAUCAGCGGCGGCAAAUUAUGCCCGCGGUCUAUUGCCAAUUGUUUCAAAUGCUCUUUGUCUUGUGGAUUCAACGCAAAUGGAAUUAAAUACAAUUCCACUUUUACAAAGGCCUUUCAUUUAUCCACUUGCAUCACUUAAACGUCUCUAUUUUUGGCUAAUUGAAACCCUAGGGAAACGAACAAUGCCAUUUAGAAAAUUUUUUUUCACUACUCAUAUACAUACAAUUUUUCUACUUGUUCUCUAUUCAAUGUUUGGUACUGAAAGUUUAUUGCUUUUUAUUCCAUUAGUUCUCUAUUAUCUCUCAUUUAUCGUUAUGGUUGUCUCAACAUUUCAAAUGCUUCAACGUAAACGUGAAUUAACUGAUUUUCGUCUAUGGUCAGGAUUAUUUCUCAGUUAUUCAGGAGGGAAUCUUAAUCCAGAAGAAGCUGAAUAUCAAUUUUGUCGUAAUAAUUUAAAACCCCAUGGUCAUUUUUUCUUAGCGCUUCUUUUAAAUUUAAUGAUUUAUCCAAUAAUUGCCCAUCAAUGGACACCGCAAUCUGAAUUUACAAUUAUUGCCGUUGCAUUAACAUUAGUGACACUUUUGAAUUUUACAUGGAAAGAUUCAUCGAAAAUACCGGAUAUUUUGGCAAUUUUUAGUUUUUGUGUUCAUGUUUUGGCAAAAUAUCCCUAUGAAACUGAUAUUGUUGUUGCUCAAACGUGGCGAUUUUUAGAUAUAAGAGUACCGACAUUUGCCUCCUACGUUGUUGGAAAUGGAAUUGAAUUUUGUUUAAAUUUUCGUGCUGUAUUUUAUCUUUUAAUUCCGGCUGUUUUUGCAAAAAUGGCCGCAAGAGAUGGAUGGCGAGGUACAUAUAAAACAUUAAUUCCACAUUGUGUAACUUUAAGUUGGUGGCAAAUUGCAAUUCUCUCAUCACAAGGAGCAACUUGGUAUGGAUUAAUACGAGGAACACUUGCUCUAGUUGGUAUGGUACUUUUUAUACCAAUUGCUGGAUUAGCAUCAAUUAUUCUACCUAUUUUGGCAACUGCAAAAUAUCUUACUGAAAGUGAUAUAGCAAUGAAAAUUAUUCUUACUAUUCUAUUGGGAGGUUUACCAUUUUUAGCAUCUUGGUAUUUGAGAAAAUUAAGAGUUGCCAAAUACAAUUGGAUAAUUACAUGUAUUCAGCUAAGUGUUGGAUUUAUUGCCGGUGUAUUUCUUUCAUGGCCAAUGAUAAUUGGAUAUAAACAGGAAGUGAGUACGAAUCAAUAUGAAGUAAUACCAACACUAUCUUGGGAACAAUAUCAAAAUCAUUGUCAUCAACCAGCAUGGGAGGAAACAUCAUCAAAAGCUCAAGUACAAGUGCAAUGUGCACAUUUAGAAGGAAUGUCAAUUUCCUGGGAAGGUUAUGUGACUAACGUUAGAUUAAAAUCGAUAAAAAAUAAUGUUGCAUUUAUUAUUAAUAAAUUGCCAAAUUUUUUAAAAGUACCAUUAAGUUGUUUAAUGGGUAAACGAUAUCAAGAUGAAAAAGAUUGUAAUAAUGGAAAUGAAAUUCGUAAACGACAUUGUCAAACAUUUUUGGAUAUUCAAAAAAGAAGAAAUAAAUGUCAUCUCGCCAAUUGGGAUUGGUAUGAAUUUGAAAUAUUUGUUAAAAUGAAAAGUGGAAUGUGGGUUAGUAAUUCAGAAGUGAUAUUACUUGGUGAUCAAUCAUUUAAAAAUUUUAGUUUAAAUAUUUAUCCGGGUGAUAAAAUUUGGUUUUCGGGUGUACUUUUGAAUAAUGGAUUGAAAAAAGAAUCAUUAUUGGGUGGUUUAAAACCACAUAUAAAUUUAGAAGAAGCUGGAUGUCUUGCAUGUCAUACAAUUGAUUUAAAACCAUCUAAACAAUAUAGGUAUGAGUUAAAUUUUAAUUCGCUAUUAAAAGAUGUCUUCUUAGGAUUAAAGACUGUUUUGAAUUUUUUAUUUAAUCCCAUAGUUAUAUUUAAGUAAUUAUUUCAUAAGAAAGAUAAAAAAAACUACAUAAUCAAGUUCUUCGAUUUGUUUGACAAAAUAUGUGAAUAUUGCAAAAGUUAAUGUAAUUUUGUUUGAAAAAUCAGUUACUUUAUAAUAUAGUAAAAGAUUUUUUAAAAAGCAGAAUAUAAUGAAUGUUUCCGAGAAGAAAAGGAAAAUAGUUGUAAUGUAUUUUACAAAUUUGUAUAAUUUAUUUGCUAUGCGCAAUUAUCUAAAUUUAUUUACUUCAUGUUAGUCAAAUUUGUUACCUUCGACUCAGGUAUUUUAGAAUAAAUAGAGUUCAGUAGGAAUUCAUACUCUAUGUAAACAAUGUUAUCAGUAGAUUCAAUGUAUGUUUAAAAAAAAAAAUUAAUGUAUAAUAAUUUUAGAGGUGCUAUUUAGUAGGAAAAUAUAUUUAAAUGUAAGUCUGAUAUUUUUCUAUAUUGCGUUAUAAUAGGCAUAUAUUAUUGCUUUUGUGGAUUUUUCUUCCAUUUUUAAAAAAAAAAAUCACGUUAUUGUUAUUUAUAUCGAUUGUUUUGUAAAUUGUUAGAAAUAAUUAGAAGUUAUAGAGUUAUUAAUUAAUAAUUAAUGUUAUAUGUAACAACCACGUAAAUAUAUAUAUAGCACAAGAUAAAAAUUCAAAAAGAAUUAAAAUCUCAUCUUUUUGAAUUUUUAUUUUUCUGAAUUAACAACGUCCACAAAAGUUUCUCUCUAUUCCUUAAAUUUCUCAAAAGUAUUCUAUAUACUUAUUUGUCAGGACCGCGGUAAUGGGGCCGAUUAUAAUUUAUUUUGUAUAACAGAUUUUAAUCAGAGGUUAAGAAACAGUUAUAAAAUUUUGUACGUAGUUUAGAUAUAUAUAUAUAUAUAUAUUUGAUGUUAAGUUUAGAUUAAUUGUAUCAAUAUUAAACACAAGUUUUUUAUAAUAAAAAAAAAUCUGUAAUUGAGAACCAAAAUGUUGUCGACAAGAUUCUAUAAAGAGUGCCUUGACGUAUUUUGUUUAUGUCUAAAUUGUUCAAAAUUACUUUUCGGAAAUAAAUUUAUUUACCAAUAA